GGACACACAUACACACGUAUACGCAAACACAGACAUACACAACGCACAAACACACCACACACACAUACACACACACACACACCGAAGACCCUGCCCUCCAGCACAAAAUAAUGACCAAAGACAGCGCUGUACAAACAAACCACACAAACCACAACUCAAACAACAAAAACCCCACAUACCACCACACAUACCUCCACACAAACAACACAGACCCCACAUACCACCACACAUACCCCCACACCAACCACACUAACCACCCAGAGCCAACACCCCCCGUCAUGCCCACGGAAAGGACAGCUUUACUCAACAACAGCGACCAUGUGACCUUGACCCCACGCUCCAAGGUCAAGGACGAACGGCCAGCUGCACAUAUCUCCCCCAUGGAAGCAGAUCUUCCUAUCCCCGGCCCUAUGGGGCAUUAUGGGAGCUCAUUUCGCCAGUAACUGGGGCUUCUACACCCUGCUUACCUCCCUGCCCACCUAUAUGGCGGACAUACUCAAGUUUGACAUGAAACAGAAUGGCCUUCUCUCCGCCCUUCCCUACGCUGGCAGUUGGAUAAUCGGACCUGUCGCUGGACUGGUUGCUGACAUCAUUCGCCGACGUCACAUUCUGAGUACUGUGUGCACGCGGAAGGUUUUUAACACACUAGGUUGUCUGAUUCCCGCCACGACCCUCAUCCUGGUGGGCUACGUGGGAUGUAACCACGUGCUUGUCGUGGUCUGUCUCACUCUGUCUGUGAGCCUGGCCUCCUUCAAUGGCGGGGGCUUCUCCGUCAACCAUCUGGACCUCUCUCCAAGAUUUGCCGGCAUUCUCCUGGGUCUCACGAACACCGUUGCGACCAUCCCUGGCUUUGUCAGCCCGGCCCUCGUAGGUUACCUCACGGAUGGAAAUGAGACUCGCGCCCAGUGGCAGAUAGUGUUCUACGUGGCCGCGUCAAUCUACGCGCUGGGCGCGCUCAUCUUUGCCCUCCUCGCCCGCGGGGUAGAACAGCCCUGGUCCAAAAGCCACGACACCGAGUUUCUCGUGCCCGAGCCAGAGCACCCUCCAGCCGCCGGCGUUUCAGCAGACAACAACGACGUUCUCGGCGGCGGUGACGUAAAGGUCAAGGCUGUUGUUGCUGCGGGGCUAGAUCACUCAAACGCGGCGGGGGCGCCCACUGUGGGCGGCUACGGGUCAGUUCACGCCGUUGAUGCACAGACGAAAUCUGUGAACAAUGUGCAGUCUGCGUGACGAGUGAACAGUGUGCAGUCAAUGUGAUUUGAUGUGUGAACAGUUUGCAGUCAACGUGACCUGUCUGUGAACAGUGUGCAGUCAACGUGAUCUGUGAACAGUACACAGUCAACAUGACCUGUGAACAGUGUAUGUGCAGUAAACAUGACCUGUGAACAGUGUGCAGUCAACGUGAACUGUGAACAAUGUGCAGUCGACGUGAACUGUGGACAGUGUGCAGUCGACGUGGUGGCACAGAGUUCCCCACAUCGUAUGAAUUCGAUAGUAAAACACUACGUACGGAUAGGGUUAAGACUUGCCACAGCUUGUCUCUAUAGACUUUGCCAAAGACUUUUUCUUUGUCUACGACUUUGUCUAAGGCUUGAUCCUGGUCUACGACUCAGUUGAAUGAAGACACUAUCAGAGCCGCGCACUUUUUGAUGGUAUCGAUACAAUUAGAUUGCGGAUUCCAUCCAACAGUUACAGUCCACUUGACAAAAUUACUCUGUACAGUCCCCAUUCAAAUGUAUUCGUUUUCCUGCAGACGUUAAUUUAUUUCCAGACCAUUUCUAAGCUGAAACUAAAAACACAGACCAAGCAGAAAGGCACCACCACGAAAGAAGGGAGAAUGUGUAGCAAGCAAAUGUACGCAGAUGGACAAUUCUCACAACUUCAACUUUUAUUCUGAAUGAGCUAGAAAAUGCUGCCCCAACACUUUAAAGAUCGCCCCCGUCCUGUGGAUAUGUUUUUAUACCGGAACAGCCUAUUUAUUCAAUACAAAAUCUAAUUGAUAUAUGGUCCCAAGCCCAGUAAAACGCUGACUGUUUUGGUAAUCGGCAAUCUAAUUGUAUCGAUGUCUUAGAAAAUUGCGCGGCUCUGAUGUUCUCUCGUGGAAGGCUUUUAGCCGGUCUAUGGAUACCCUUCUUCUUCCACAUGGUCACAUCAUCAUCAUCAUCAUCAUCAUCAUUUUUUGGUAAGCAGGGUAGGAGGGAGAG